UAAAUCAACAAACAAUUAUUAUAAACCUAACUUUCUUUAUUACAAGUUUUGUAUUAAUAAGUUUUUAUUAUAUUUGUCUUGUCAUUAGAAUUAUAAUGUUCAAAAACGGUUUGCGGUUUAUAACAUCCGGAAUGGCGGGUGCGCAAAAAAUACGACGAGCAUGCAACUUACCUACUGUCGCGAUAAAUGGGUUCGGACGAAUAGGCAAAUGUGUACUCCGGUUGGCCAUCCAGAAUAACGUAAAUGUCGUUGCUGUGAACGAGCCACGUGCCGAUGCAGCGGCGAUCGCCCACUCGUUCAAAUACGACACGGUUCAUGGGACGUUUCAAGGGAAGGUCUGCGUACUCGGGAACAGUCUUGACAUAAAUGGCAAUGUCUUGAAAGUGUAUGGAGAAGAAAACCCAGAAAAGAUCAAGUGGAAUGAAUUACCAGUAGAUUACGUGAUUGAUUCGACUGGAAGGUUCACUGAAGUCAGUACGGCCAAGAAACACAUGGCUGCGGGAGUGAAAAAGGUUAUUAUCAGCGCGCCGAGCAAAGACGCGCCUAUGUUCGUAAAAGGCGUCAAUUUCAAUGACUAUAAAAAGAGUAUGACGGUGGUGUCAAAUGCGUCGUGCACGACUAACUGUGCGGCACCGUUGUUGAAUAUUAUAAACAAAAAGUUCGGUGUAGAACACUGUCUGUUGACCACAGUUCAUGCCAUGACAUCUAGCCAGGCUGUCCUUGACAGAAUAAAAGACAGAUCAGCUCCUGGAAAUAUUGUGCACAGCUCGACGGGCGCUGCGAAAGCCGUGGGAAUUGUCAUUCCAGAACUAAAAGGGAAAGUAACCGGUGAUUCAAUAAGAGUACCCACACUGGACGUGUCGCUUCUAAAACUUUACAUAAACAUUAAAAAUCCCGCGAAACUAGAAGAAAUCAAGUGUGCGAUCUGGGAAACUGCGACAUUAUGCGACAAUGACGUGUAUUCCUACAUUGAAGAUAAGACAAAAAUCGUAAGCUCUGAUCUUGUUGGCCACCAAUAUUCGACCAUAGUUGAUUUCAACCAAGUGUCGGUCAUGGGCGACAAAUUCGUGACGAUUGGUGCAUGGUAUGACAACGAGAUGGGCUAUUCUAAAAGACUUAUAGAUCUUUUCAAUCACAUGGUGAAAGUGGAUAAAGAUAUAGCCGAUAAGAAAUAAUAUUAUCUAUCAUGGAUGGUUUAAGGCGUUAUGAUAGUUUUUUUUUGUUCAUACCCAUAGCCAUGACGUGGUGUUUCUUUAAAUAAAUAUUACAUUAUUCGUAUA